AUUUAAAGCUUGAUUGCUCUGAAUUUGGUGCUGUGGAAAUAAAUAGGGCUGUGGACAGCACCUACAGCAACUACCAAUCACCCCCAUAGCUGUAGAGAGCUUUAUUUCCAGAGCAAAAAAUUAGUGCUUUAGAAAUCUACAGCAAGGAAAGCUACAGCAAAUAAAUCUACAGAUUAAAUUCUACAGCAAAAAAUAUGAAGCUACAGCAGUUACCAAUCAUCCUUUUACUUUGUUGUUUAAAACUGUAGAUUUACUAAUUUGUAUUUGCAAAUAUUUGUAACAUAUGUAAAGAGAUACAAAUAAAAAUAACUUUUUUUGGGUGCAAUGUAAAACUUAUUUUUCAACGGAAAAUGAGAAUAAUAGUUUGAGAAAGCUCUCUGAAUUCGAUAAACUAGUAGUAGCAAGCUGACAUGUGAUUGCAGAUUUUUAUUAUCGAUUAGUGCAGACAAGGUGGAUGGCUAGAGGACAGACAAUUUUCUUGAUGUUUCCUUCCAUUGGUUCGCGUUAUAUAUACCCUAAAAAUAUAUGUUAAAUAUGGUAGAUUAUAACGUAAACUGAAAAUUGUGAAUAAUCAACCACAUGAACUAGUCCAGGUCGUAUACAAUAUAGACAAGCAUGCAGAGAAAAUAUGAUUUUUGAUUUCCUCUAAUAAUUUGAAAUGCAUAGAGUAUAUCUGAUCAUGUGAAACUAUUUUUACUCGUAAAAUGUGUAAUUUACCAUCACCUACAUAAUUAGUUUUUAUCAUGCGAAAUUAUAAUCAUAUCCUCAUGUAAUAAAAGUAUAGAUUUUCCACGAAAUGAUUGGAAAAAAGAGAUUUGGUUUGAUCCGACUUGUAAUCAUCGUGAGAUAUACAUGAUAACUUUUAAUUAUUUUCUUUUGCUCAACUAGUCAAACUUCUCUAUCCUUUUAGCAUUCCAAGCCCUAUAUAUAAUAAUAUAUUGAUGUAUGUUCUUUCUUGCACUGCUGGUGUGAUGUAAACCACUAAAAACUUCCACCGUAUGUAGUUGCGCCCAUACAAUCCUUCCCACUCCCCUCACAUUAUCUCAUUUAAUAAUACUGGUAAUUUGUUGAUUCAAUGAUAGUGAUAUAAAUCAAACAAAAUCGACAAGUGACGGAUCUAACGCGUAAUUACAUAAAAGUAAAACUUGAGACAGAAAAGGCCUACGAACCCGAUUAUAAGUUUGGUCGGUUAGACGGAUGCUAGGUAAUUAUAUUAGAAACCUAGAUGUUUACAGUUAGGUUGAUACUCAAACGCGUGUUUUUCUUGAAAACUACUCAAACGCGUGUUGCCCCUUUGAAUAGCUGUAUAUUGUAUUGUUUGUUAUGUUCUGUUGAAGAUUGAAAAGUAACUCAAGAAACUGGAUUACUAUGAAAUACUUAUUACCAACAGUGUUUUUAAAAUAGAACCAGAACGGUGAUCCGUGAUCGGAUUGGAUUUCACCAUGGACCGAAGAAAUGUCGAGGUUAAAUUUAACUACGGAGCCGUAUAUAGUGUCGUUCCUUUUGUCCUAUCGUUCAGUAAGUUACAUUCACCGUUAGUCGUGUGACUCGUGUCUCAUGGUUUCAGAUUUUACAAAUAGUACUAACUUUAAAUUGUUUAAAUGAUUAAAAAAUUUCAUAGACCUAAAGUAUAUAUAGUAGAUUAUUUGCUGAAGUCAUAUAUUACAAUAUACUAAAAUCAAACUCAGUUUCUCUAAUUUUGUUCUCUAUGUCAACAACGAGUUAGUUUCCAUGAUUUGAGGUGUGUUGCGAGUGUGGGAUAUUGACGUGCGUAUGGACUUCUUUACUUUAAUUUCUGUUGAUGUUUUCUUGUUUGUUUGAUUUUUACGUUAAUGUUAGUAAUGACUCUAAUGACUAAUGAGUAACACAGCUUUCGCUUUUUAUUUUCUUUUUAAAAGCUAUUUUCAAUCUGAACUCUUGAAGGACAAAUCUUUUCACACAAAAAUAAAGACAUUCUCUUCGUUUAUUGCAAUUCGAGGUUUGUGUUAUCAACUUUAAUGUACAUAGCGUUACUAGUCCUUCUUAAGCCAUAGUCUGCAUUAUAUCAUGAAACAAAAGAAGUGUAUGAUGCUCAUUUUAUUCAAUUUUCGCGUUGAUAACAGGAUAGGAUCCAACAUCGAAUUCGAAAAUAAUAAUCGAACCAUAUGAAAAAGUAUAAUAUUAUUAUGGCCAUUUCAAAAUUUAUAUGACUAAGUAGGGAACUAGCAAUCGAAAAGAUAAUUGAUGUAUGGCCUAGAUCACAGAAGAAUUGAAUUCUUCACCAUUCCAACGCAAUUGGUGGACUAACACGACAUAUUUAAUCAUAACUAUUUUUUUGAAGGAAACCUAAAAUCUAUGGACCAGUACGUAUGAAUAUCAAAAACUUUCUCCGGUAUAUUUUGUCAAGCCUCAAAAUAGGAUUCCUCAGCAAGUAGAACUGACCUUAACACCACCAGCAGAACAAACCUGGUCUUGUUCUGCUUGUAUUUCAGAAAACCGAAGCUUUGAAAAAUCAGAUUUUGUCACCAAAGUGACAUGACGAUGAACAUGAUUCCUACAGAUUCUGAACACUACAAGCACCAGAUGACUAUUACUAACGAGACGUUCCCUGGUGGAUUGAAUAAUGGCAGUCUCGACCGGUGUGAACAACAUAAUGCUUGAAAUAUCUAUUGAUACUAUUAAUAAAGUUAAAGAGGAUUUAUCAAAAAGUUCACAACAACUCAUGACACAACAUAGUCAAAGAACCAAUUCUCAAAAGAAAACAUAGUCAAAGAAACGGCGAACAAGCACAGUUAACGAGUACUUCCGAUUAAAAAGAUAGAACACAAAACAACACCAAUUUUCUGCUGAAGAUACAUUACGUCCCUCUAGAAAAUCCACUGCGUAAGCGAACUCGCCCCAAGAGCAAAAAAAAAGACAACUGGAGAAAACCAAAUCGGCUAAGGAAAAAAGAGUCGGUGAGUUUCUUUUCCCUAUAAAUAGAGAAGAAUUCACAAAGAGGAGGAUAUUCACAAACACAAAGUCGACACAAAAACUAGAGUUCUCAUAGCUUUACAUUAUGAAGAGUUCAUUGUCUUUAGCUGAUUUUUUGUUAUUUUCUCCGUAAUUAUUCGCUGAAUCUUUUAAUAAAUGACUUUUAAAUAACUCAUCAUGAAAUCGUACUUUCAUCUCAAAUACCGGAAUUCAGAUUCACUCUCCAUCAGAUGUCUUAUCAUCACAAUCCCAAAGAAGUGAAGAUUCGGCCAAUGCUUUUGCAGCAGCAUCACGAGCAUGGAUGUCGAUAGAAGCUAAAUGGAAUAACAAUAACAAACAAACAUUUUGAAAGUCUGGUUAUCUGCAGAGUUCUUGUAUAACCCAUCAAGGGUACAACACUACCAGCAAGCUUUUAGACUGAGAGGUCCCGAAGAGAUAUAUAGUUCCAUCCUCAAAGAAAUGGUUUCCCUUUCCAGGCAUUUGUGCACCAGCCAGUUCGCAAAAUGAUGAACCAGGACCCCUACCAUUUCUGAAUACUUAGUUGAAUUCCAAUGUUAAUCGUUUAAUGGAUUUGUAAGAGUUACUUUUAGAGAUACGAAAAGUCAAAUCAGUACGUAAAUCUUGUUAUUGUUAAACUCACAUGCCUUAUUUUCACGUGUACGAUUGUAGGACUGAGAACACAAACUUUCUCCACAAAGCAACCACAUAUCUGAUUAUUGGGUUGCAAACGAAAGAUUUCAAGAUAGAUUAAUUAAUUUCACAAGAGUAAAAACUUUUAGACUAAAACACUUUAUGAGUUUGACGGUUAGAAUCUGAUAAUGGCUGUCAUCUUUGCCAAUCCAUUCAACCUGACAGUUGUUUAAUAGAAAAAUGAGAAUCACUUUUUUGAAAUAUUGAAGCAUUGGCCAGUCCUGUAAAAAUGAGAUUCACAUAUGAAGAUAAACGUGUACAAUUGUAAUUAGCUUAAAAUAGAAAAAAGUGAAUGAAACAACCAAUCUUGUGAGUUGUCUGAAAAGACAUAUGUUGCGUCCAGAGAAACAAACACUGUCAAUAUCCAUCUCUCUCUUCUUCUUAUUUAUAUAUCUUUUAUUUUUUGUUUUAUUUUCCGUUGUAAUUUACCAAAGUUACCUCUUUUUUUUUUUGUUCACUUACCAAAGUUACAUCUUUCCCUUCGUCUUGUUGCUUUUCCUUUUCACAGAGGAAACAGUAAAAAAAAGAGGAUCAAAAAUUAAUUUUUUAGGACGGCCAAACUUGGGGGUGAAAAUCAGUUUGUGGAUCCUUUCUUAGUCCCCCAAAAGCCAUCAGUGGUUCCCACAAAAUCAGUUACAAGAAAAUAAUUUUUUUUUUGAUAAAAGUUACAAGAAAAUAAUUACAAACUCUGUUUCUUUGUUCCUUCUCUUGGGACGAAUCUGGAACAUAGUGAAAGCUAUGGUUAUGUACGGAGGAGGAGCAUGGAAGGACGGUGAAUCGAACAAUCACAUAUCAGAUGGAGGAGUGGCACUGAAGAAAGGGCCAUGGAUGGCGGCGGAAGAUGAGAUGCUUGCAUCUUACGUUAGGGAGAACGGUGAAGGAAAUUGGAACUCCCUUCAGAAAAAUACAGGCUUGACUCGUUGCGGUAAAAGUUGUCGUCUUCGUUGGGCCAAUCAUCUCCGACCCAAUCUCAAGAAAGGUUCUUUCACUGACGAUGAAGAACAUAUCAUUAUUCAGCUUCAUGCUCAGCUCGGUAACAAAUGGGCUCGCAUGGCCGCUCAGUUACCGGGAAGAACAGAUAACGAGAUCAAAAACUAUUGGAAUAUGAGGCUGAAACGCCUUCAACGUCAAGGACUCCCUCUUUAUCCUCCAGAUAUCAUCCUUUACCAUCAACUCCAUAAACAUAACCAUUAUCAUGAUCAACAACAUCAACAUAACCAAAUGUAUUUUCAACCACAAUCUUCAGAACCAAGUACACCAUCAUCGUCUCCUCUUCCAUCUCCAACACCAGUAAACGCAAACGCCUCAUCAUCUUUCACUUUCCAAACCACAAACGCAUCAACCGCUAAUCUCCUCCAUCCUCUAAGCUCUCACACUCCAACCACACCGCCUCAAUCGCCCUUUUCCUCACCUUUAUCUUCCCCUCAAAACAACCAAUACACCACCCUUCCUGUUUUCUCCCUCCCGUGUUCCCAAAACGUGAACUUCACUUUCCCUAGAACCCCACCUCUCCUCCAACCACCUUCAUCAUUUCUUGACAAACGCUACAACAAUGCUAACACUUCUCUCAACUGCAUCAACCGCGUUUCAACCGCACCAUUUUCCCUUUUUACAAGAGAAUCUUACACUUCCUUUCUCACAUUACCUUACUCUUCCCCAACCGCUCAAAACGCUACUUACUAUAACACUAAUAACAUUUACUCUUCCUCUCCUUCAUUCUCUUUAAACCCUUCACCUUCUUCUUACCCUACUACAUCAUCUUCUUCCCCAAGCUUUCUUCACUCAUAUUACACUCCUAAUUCUUCUUCCACCUCCUUUCAUACAAAUACAACUUACUCCAUGAAACAAGAGCUCCCUUCAAACCAAACUCUCCAGAUAUGCGCCUUCAAUAAUGUCAACAAUUUCACAGACAAUGAAAAACAUAACAGUACUGGUUUUCAUAGAAGAAGUAUUAGCUGCAGCCUCUUAGAGGAUGUCCUCAAGGAGGCUGAGGCUCUAGAGGAUAUAAGCGUAGACCGACCUCCAAAACGGAGACAACUCACAGCUUCUCCUCCAAAAAACCACAACAACAAUGGCGACUUCUUCUCGGUUAGUUUCGGACAAUAUGGUUCGUCUGAAAACACAUGUUCCUUACAAGGUAAACUAAAACCGUUCAAAACGCUAUAAAUCAAGUCUAGACUUCUCUCCAGGUGGAAUUUUAAAUUUUUUUUGAUAUUAACGCAGAUUUAAAAUCAAAGGAAGAAGUGUCUCUUCAAAUGAACACAAUGCAAGAGGACGUAGCUAAGUUUUUUGACUGGGAAAGUAAUAGUGGAGAGAUCUUGAAUGGACAAUCAUCUGUUGUCACUGACGACAAUCUUGUUCUUGAUGUUCAUCAAUUUGAAUCACUAGCGGCAAACUACGAACAAAACAAUAAUAAUAACUGCUCAUGGGACGACUUGCAUGAAAUCAGAUAGAAAAACUCUGAAAAAUAAUCUACAGGCCAAGAUCAUGAACAUACGAAGAUUUCUUUCAUGAUUUCUUUUAUUGUAUUAUAUCAUUAAAAUUUUACUUGUAUCCGUUGUUCAUUUUUUUCCAAUCCUAUUAGAUCCUUUAAUUUUGUGAAUAUGGAUACGUUGAUGUACUGUUCAUUAAACUCUUUCAUUUUUAGUGUAAUGUUAAAUUAAACUCCUUUAAAAAAAAUAAAACUCCAUUUUCUUCACUACUUUUAUAUUUCUUUUCUACCAAGGACAUUUAAACCAGUGUUUUAAAUUUCGGGAAACAAAAAAUUAUAAGAACAAUUUUUUUUAUUAGCUUUAGAAAUUAAUCAAAACUUAAGCUCUCAAUGUUAUUAUUUUUCGAUCUUAUGGAACACCUUUCCAUUAUACCUCUAUUUAUAUGAAAUACAAUAUAUUUUAACAACUGAAAUAU